CUGUUUUCCUCGCUUGUCUGUGGGUUGAGUUUUAUGAUUGUAAUAUUAACCGGAACUAACCUAAGCAUUUUUUUACACUGAUGAUAUCAGCCUUUGGUAUGUGUCGUGAUGAGAGUUUGCAAAUUUCACUCGCAUUCUACGAAGCUGACCACGUUGAAGUAUUUGUUUCCAUGGUCACGAGGGAAUACAUCUUCUCCAUUGAAACAAAACCCUGGCACUGAAGCAGUGUUCUUUGUGAGUCGUUGAACAUAUUCGAUAUUUUGUCUGCUACUGGAUCGUACCAGACAUACCCUCACAAACAAGUGGCAAAAAAGAUCUUUGUAAUCUUAGUUUCUCUGCAUAUAUAGUGCCUAAAGGUUCUAUGAUCUGCAACAGGAAACUUUUCCAACCAUAAACUUUACCAGCUUCGUAUAUCAGUUAAUUCUGGGCAUUUGAUACUAGUAAAACUCUGUUCAGGCGAAAAUUUAACAAUAAACAAAGCCCGUCAGGUGGGGCAAUUACUGUUUUUUCCGUGUCAUUGCUCACAUCCACAUAUUUUAGAUACAUCUGGGUGCAAUUAUUUCUUGGCAAUUAUGAAGGUUGCCCAUCAAAGCAUUUCUUCUGUGGUUGAAUUUCCAUAAACAUCAUUUAACAGCCUUUGUUAAAAGUCUGGAGUGAAAAUGAGUGAGAAAAAAGCAAUCAUAAGGCCUGAAACUGAACUUGUUUUUUAAAGAUUUGAAACGCCCUUACAAAGUGAUUUUUAAGUUCAUCCUGAUUCCCACUGCCAUGAGAGAAAUAUUGGCGAAGGCAGUACUUCUUGCAAAUAUCGAGUUUCCGAGUCGUCUUUUCAUCUACUCUUUCUUACUGAUAUUGGUUUACAGUCGCACCUCCAUUAACGACAACAUUAACCUCUCUACAAUGGCAACCUUAUAUAGCUUUCACAGCUUAAAUUUGUUUUAAUAUACUUUGAUUGACAUCUACAUCGUACAGGACUUAAAGUAGGGGUGGCGAAUGGUACCUCGAAAAACGUGGGUCUCGGAAAAUUUUGGCAGGAUCUCGAAAUCUCGGAAGCGUUUUUGACAAGUCUCGAAAUCUUGUUUUUGCAUGGUUUGUUUUUUACUUUUUUUGAGUCUCGAAAGUUUUUACCAAAGAGUCUCGGGCUCGGAUUUCUAACUAGGAUCUCGGCGAGUCUCAGAUUUUACCAUUCACCACCCCUUAAAGUUAAUGGCCUUCAAGUCAUGAAUAGUUGUACCUCCAACUCAGUUUAUUGUAAGCUAGUUUCCCCCUAAGUUACUGAAUUUGAGAUGCUAAGGCUUUUAUUUUUUAACGCUUACAGGCGGACCAAUUAACAGAGGAGCAAAUUGCUGGUAGGUGUUAUCAGACCUGCAUUUAUAAUUAAUGAAUCAAUUCUUGGUUUUCAUAAGACAUCACCAAAAUUGAAACUAUAAUUAAUUAUCAAGCCUCCUGAGUUUCACAAAUGUUUGUUCACAAAACGUAGUAGUGUCUGAGGCCAGAUCAAUGUGCUGAAACAAAAAAAAUAUAUCCUCUUGUAGAAUUCAAAGAAGCAUUCUCACUUUUUGACAAAGAUGGAGAUGGUACAAUCACCACAAAAGAGUUAGGUACAGUGAUGAGAUCUCUUGGACAGAAUCCAACCGAAGCAGAACUUCAGGAUAUGAUCAACGAGGUUGACGCUGAUGGUUAGUUAUUAUUUUAUGAACGAUGAAUAAUUAUAUUCAAUAAGUACCUUAAGGACCUGAUACCCAGGACCACAUACCUUGAUGUGACAAUAGACACAAAACCAAAAGAAAGCCCCAGCUGUUUGAUUCCUCACCUACUGAAUUAUUGUAUUAUUUUAUCUGGCAACUUGAAAUCUUAGUGGCAGCCUUGGUGUACAUGUACAAUAAACCUCCCAUUAUAAGCCCCCCCCCCACCUCCCUCAUUAAAGGCCCAUCCACCUGUAAACAGAAAAAUACAACCAGUUCUACCCCCUCCCCCGAAAUAUAAGCCCCCCUCUAUCUUGUAUUAAAUUGAUUAGACUUUCUGCAACGUUUUAAAAGCAAUCAAAUUCAAAAAGUAUUUGGAUCAGCACUGCUAUGUAGCUUGUUUUGAAACACUUUUCAGUCUGGUUGUAAGCCCUCCUAAAACCCCAUACAAAGGUUAUAUUUAUAAGCCCUAGAGCUUGUAAUCCAGGGUUCUCAAUAAGAGUUGGCCGCUGGUGAAAUUCCCGGGCUAUUUUACGUGAACUCACCGUGUACAUAUACUUUUCUUUGGAAAUUACCAACAAAAAAGCCAAAAUUUCAUGAUGCCUGUGUUCUGUUCAAACACUCUAUUUUUGCUCCAGAAUGCUGGAAAUAAAAUGCACACAGAUUCAACCCUCUAAGUUGCGACCAUUUUGGUCGCCAUGGCGCCUAAAAUUGUGGAGCUGGCAUCUUGAUUUGUAAAAAAGUCUCCCUAUACUAAAAGAGUUGGUUGCCAAAUGGUGACCGAGAAAAAAAUUUAACUUGGAAGGUUGAGAUUUCAAACAUUUUCCCUAGACCCCCCUGGUAACUUGUGUUUUUGACGCUUGGAAGUCGCGUCUGUGGCACAUGUUUUUUGUCCUUCUUCACCUACUCCAAAGCUUUUUUUUGCCUGCACCUACCUUAUUGAAAACCCUGUACAACUGUAAUCAGAAAAAACUGACGUUUCGACAGCCUCUGCAGUAGUCAUCUUCAGAGUAAUCAGAAGUUUACAUGCAGUAAGGUGAAGUUUUUCUGUCUGGUUUUAAAAGAAGUGAAACCUAGCUGUGCAUACCCCCUGAUGAACAUGCAUAGUUCUAAUCAAAUCACAGUGUAACAUUAGAAUAUUAGCACCAGAGAAGGGGUCUGAAGUGACCAUGUUAAAAUGGACAGUCUCAUCUCUUGGGACACGACUUACAGUAUAUCCUCAAUUUAGUCUUCCUUUGGCUUUGUUAUUAGGAAAUGGAACAAUAGAUUUUCCCGAGUUUCUCACCAUGAUGGCGCGAAAAAUGAAAGACACCGACAGUGAGGAGGAAAUAAAAGAAGCCUUUCGAGUUUUUGACAAGGAUGGCAAUGGCUUCAUCAGUGCUGCUGAGUUACGACAUGUUAUGACUAACCUGGGAGAGAAACUUACAGACGAAGAAGUUGAUGAGAUGAUCAGAGAAGCUGACAUUGAUGGUGAUGGACAAGUCAAUUAUGAAGGUGAGGGCAUGUACUGUAAAGUAAUUACUCCCUCCCUUCCCCUUUGUGGUUUAGUUUCCUCAAGCCUUGUUGCCACAGUUUCUCACCACACCACAAUAACAUUCCACUGGUGUUCAUGGUUUUGUUGCAUAGUAAGACAUUGGCUCGUAUGCCCCAUCUAUUCUUCCUUUUCCAUUCACAGCAAAAUCAAAAACCCUGGCUUUUUUAAGAGAGCGGGCAAUACACCUCUUUUAGCUUGGUUAUUUUAAUGGGAAUUGUAAACUAGUUUAAGGACUUUUCAUUAAGUUUCUUGUUGCUGUUUUUGUUGUUUUUUUUUUUGUCUACAUUACUAUUCCUCCCUCCUUUCUUAAUCCCUGCAUGCCCAAACAUUUGUGAAAACAUUUUCAGGUACAGACAUACAUGUAACCUGUGAAAGCGGUGGUGCUGGUCUUUGCUUUAUGCAUCUCACCUCACUACCAUUUGUCACCCCUGACAUGGUACGCAAGAAACAUCACUGCCCUUUUGAGAAAAUAGCCGACUCCCACAGGCUAUUGUAGAUAGCUACACAAUACAAACCAUUUAAUAUGCUUUCUUUUAUUUUCUCCAGAAUUUGUCAAGAUGAUGACCAGCAAAUAA